AAGCGUUCUCGAACUCCGCCAUCAUUCGCAAAAAAGCCGAUCGUCGUGGUGCGUGUGCUUUUGUCUCUCCUCGCUCGUUAAAAACCAACCUGUCCACGGGUAAAACUACCGGAAAAGAACCCGCUACGUGGCCCACGCGUGAAUUCCGCCGGAAAAGAGACAAAUUUUCGCCGCGGAAACCGGAAAAAUCGCGAUUCUUUCCCGUCGUCUUCAGCGCGUUUGACGGCGUGCACACACACACAUCCGCACGCACGCACACCCAGAGUUUCAGAGCCUGCUGAGAAGAACGCCAUCGACAGAGUCUGGAAGAGAAGUUCCCGUUAGCGAAUCCUAGCUCUGGCCACCGAAACUCGCACGAUGGAGGUGGACGAAAGUCCGGAAGUGACGACCGCGGGAGAGGCGGUUCCGGCGGCAGAGGUUGUGGAAGCGGUAGAGGAAGCGCCGAAGGUGGACGGAACGCCGACUGCGGUGGGAUCGUUGCGGUCGAUUUUGUCUGCCGAGGAGCUGGAGGUGAUUCCGGGGGAAACGACGAAAAAGAUCGAGACGUAUUACGAGCAAAAGUUGGAGGAGUUUUUGACGGCCAAGGCACUGCUGGAGACGGCCAAAACCAAUGUUGAGCAAACCAAGGUCGACUACGAGAAGCAGAUCGAAGAGUUGACGCUCAAGUAUCAGGAUGAAUCUUCCAAGUUUCACUUUUCCCAGCAGAGCGGCAAAGAGCUGCGGCUAGAGCUGGAAGACGCCAAGCAGGAGCUGACCCAGGCCAAAGACAAGCUUAAGCAAAACGAUCUGGACACGGCCCGGUUCCGACGCGAGCGCAACGAAGCCGUCAACGAGCGCGACACGCUGUUGAAUUCGGUUGAGCGGCGCACGCUGGAGGUCGGACGACUGCAGGCCGAUGUGGUGGCGCUCGAGCAAAAGCUGAAGGUGGCCAACGUGACCAAGUGCGAGGCACUCGCGAAACUGGAGGAAAUCCAGAGCAAGGAAUUCUCCCUCGACUUUAAGGAGAAACGCAUGGACAAAGAGCUGUCGAUGCGGGACAACCAGAUCCAGAAGCUGAGCGACGACCUGCACCGUGCCCUGCAAGACCUGCAGAACGUGCGUCGUGACCAGAACUUCAAGUCCCUCACCACGGACACCAAGCUGACGGAAAAGACUGAAGAGCUGAAGAUCGCCACCGCCCAGAUCGCGCACCUCAACGAGCAGAACCAAGAGCUGUCGGCGAAGGCCGAAGACAUGGCCAACAAACUGCUCCAGCAGAGCGGGGAAACGCGCAAGAUGAUGGACCACUACCGGAAGGAGCUCCAGUCGCAGACCAAGCUGUGCGAACUGUACCAGGAGGACUGCGAAGACAACAAGAAGCAGACCGAGGAGCUCGGCACGGCCGUUUCCGAGCUGAAGAAGCUCCUGAACGAAGCCAGCGACGCAUACGGUAAGCUCGAAACGCAGCAAAAGUCACUGGUCCAGAAGCACGAGAAGGAACUCGAAGCCAAGGACCAAACCCUGCAGCAGCUGCGCGACGAGCUGAAGAACGCCAACGAGCUGCUCAAGCUGGCCAAGGAGGAAAGUCUGGAGCAUGCCGUCGAGAAGCUGGCCCCAUCUGCGGCCGCCACCAGCCGGCUCAUCAAGUCCGGCAUGACGCUCACGGAGCUGUACACGAUGUACGUGAAGACGGCGGAAGAUUUGCAGGUGGAGAAGAAGGAAAACAGCAAACUACAGCUGCAGAUCAAGAACAUCGUGCAGGAGCUGGAGGAACGGGCGCCGGAACUGACCCGCCAGCAGAACGAGUACCAGAACCUGAAGGACGCCAACGAGGAGAUGAGUCUGCAGCUGAACAAACUCAUCGAGGAGAACGCCGACGUGCGGUCCGAGCUGGUGGCCAUGCAGGACAAGGUGCGCUACCUGGACAACGAGAACAAAAAGUACAAGCUCGAGCGGGGCGAUCUGAGUCGCCAGAUUUGCCAUCUGCUGCGCGAGAUCGAACAGAUGCGCGGAGGGUACGCUUCCGAGGCGGACCAGUCCAUCUCGUCCGACAUGAGUGCCAACGAGGUCAUCACCAAGAAGCUGGUCACCUUCAGCGACAUCCAGGAACUGCAGGAGAACAACGUCAAGCUGCUGCUCGUCGUGCGUGACUUUAGCGCCAAGCUGGAAGAGCUCGAAAUCGCCCAGAACGCCAUGAGUCAGGCCACGUUCGAGGCCAAGAUCGCCUCGUACAAGAAGCAGCUGCAGGAGAUGCAGGAAACGCGCGAGUACCAAACGCAGAUGAUGCAACAGUGCAUCCAGCAGCGCGAUCGCUACAAGAAGAUGUACCACGACGCCAUGCGCAGCUACAACGCGGUUGGCGGAAAGGGUGGCAACUUUGGUGGCAGCCUCAACGGAUCACUCUCCGGAGAAAACGCCGACGUGGCGAUGGACGAAGAGAUUCCAACUGUCUCCACGGUUAGUGCCAUUUCCAGCGAAGCCGUGGCCGAGAAGGAGAAGAAGAUCUCCGAGCUGGAAGCCAAGGUGAAGGAAACGCAAAAGAUGCUGACCACGCUGAAGGAAGAGUACGACAACUACCGCAAGGAAAAGCUCACCAACGACAAGAUGUUGAACGAGCAGUUCGAUGGAAUGCGCACGGAGAUUCGCGAACUUUCCUCCAAGAACAUCAAAUUCUCCGCCACCGUCGAGUACAACAACGAGCAGAUCAAGAUCCAGCAGAAGAACGUUGCCACGUACAAGAAGCAAAUCUCCACCCUGGAGGAACGCAACAAGAACUACGAAACCACCAUCUCCAAGCAGGAAGCAACCAUCAUGUACCUGAAGGACGAAACGAUGAGUGCCCAGUCGAAGCUGGCGCGUGCCGAAGUUCAGGUUGAAAACCUCAAGCACGAGUGCCGCAUCCUGAAGGACGCCGAGUCCCGUCUGCAAACGGAACGAGAAAUCCUGAACCGCGAGCGUCAGAACCAGAACCUUCUCCUCAACAACCUCGAAAUGAUCAAGGUCACCAUGGAGCGUUCGGAGGCCGAAGGCCGCAUCCGACUGGAAACCCGCCUUGACGAUGUCUCCCGUGAAUGCUCAGCCCUGCGGCGUCGCCUCCAGGAAGAGCAGGAUCGUGCCCGCGAACUCACCACUCACCUGGAGCGUCAGCUGCAGACGGCGAAGCAGCGCAUGGACGAGGAGGUGGCCAUCGCCGAAACCGUACAGGCGGAGCUCAAGAACGCUCGCGAUGAGCUGGAGAUCAAGUCGCGCAAGAUUGACGACCUAAACAAGAAGCUGCAGGAGACGCUUUCGCCCAACGACGAGGACAAUCCGGUGACGCAAGCCAACAAGAAGAUCCGCGAGUUGGAGGCCAAGCUCAACGAGAGCGACAUUGAGAUUGAAUCGCUCCGGAAGGAGCUGACCACCGCCCGCGAGCACGUCAAGCAGUACUGCAACAUGUCCGAGUCGUCGGAGAAGGAGCUGAAGGAUUUGAACGAGCUGUACACGACGUACAAGACGCAAACCGAGUCCGAGCUGCACAGCCUGAAGAAAAGCGAGACCGAUCUGAAGGCGCAGGUGGAAGAGCUGAAGACGGAGAAUUCGCUCAAGAAGACCGGCGAGCAAUUGACCGCCUCGACGGACGGUGAGUCCGAGCUGCACAAGUCCCAGGUCGAGCUGAAGGAGGCGCUGGAGAAGAUCAGCGAGAACAACAAGGACCUGCGGGAGCUGCGUGAAAAGAACAACUCUCUGCUCGAGCAGUUGCAGGUCGCCGAGCAAAAGUACGCCAACGAAAUGGUGCAGCACUCGACCGACAUUCAACAGCUGACCACGCUCAAGGAGGAGGUCCAGAAAACGAAGCUGCAGUUUGACGAGCUGAAGCAAGCGCGUGACCAAGCGAUCGAACGUUUCAACACCAGCGAGGAGUGCUGGAAGAACCGGGAGGAGAUCAUGAAGAAGGAAAUCGACCAGCUCGAGGAACGCCUCUCGGAUCUCAACUCGCAGAACGCUGCGUUGCACGAUCAGAUUCAGAGCUUGAGCACCAAGUUGUCGAUUACGGCGGCGCAAGCACUCGAGCAGAAGGCCGCAGACGAAUCGAUGAAGGACGACUCGGUUGCGAUGGACGACUCGUCGGUGAUGAACAAGUCCAUUUCGGACGAGGAGAAGCGAUCGGUCGACCAGCUGCUCCAGAUCAUCAAGUAUCUGCGCAAGGAGAAGGACAUUGCCGUGGCCAAGUUUGACAUUCUGCGGUCGGAGAACGUGCGCGUCCAGUCCGAGCUGAUGAUGUUCCAGAAGAAGAUGGAGGAAGCGCAGGCAGAUCUGACCGCCGAGCGGGAGAAAUCGGAAACGGGAGUCGUUACGGCGGCCAAGCACGAGGAGAUUCUGCGCAAGCUCGAAACGUUCAACGCCAUCACCGACAGCAAUCGCGUCCUGCGCGAGGAGCGUGACAGUUUGAACAAGAAGAUCAAGGAACUGUCGGAGCGACUGCUCAAGUCCGAGGACGAACUGUUCCCGCUGCAGGAGAAGGUGCGCGAGUUGAGCGUCAAGAUCGAAUCGGCGACCAGCGAGAACUCAACGCUGCGGCUGGAGGCAACCCGCUGGAGACAGCGUGCUAAUCUGCUGGUCGAGCGAUCGAACAAGACCAGCCCGGAGGAUUGGAAGCGGCUGCAGACGGAGCGGGAAAAUCUGGCCAAGAUGUUGACCAACGAGAAGGAACUGCUGAAAAAGUCCAGCGAGGAACUGAACUCGAUCAAGAUCGAGAAGGGCAAGUUGGAGGCGGAGAUUGCCAACCUUGGCAAGCAGUUGGCCAGCUCGGCGGAUCAGAACAAAAAGUACGCUGAGGAGUUGGAUGUGCUGCGCCAGGCCGGUGCCAAGAUGACUACCGAAAUUGGCGAGGUCAAGACUACGUUGACGAAGCGCGAUGAUGAACUGAAGAAGCUUACCGACGAGAUUGCCAGCAAGGAGGAACAGUUGGCCGAUGCCAAGAGCAAGGAAACUCAGAUUCGGAAGAUUGCCAAGCGAUACAAGGAUUCGUACAUGGAUCUCAAGAAGCAGGUCGAUGAGAAGGAAGGCGAGGCAGGCAAACCAGCUGCUGAGGGAGUAUCGACUGGCGAAGGAACGAGCGGAGAGCAAGCGGACAAGGCCGGUGAGAAUAACGUGUCGGAGCUCAAGUCGCAAAUCACUUCCUCGCAGGAGGAGAUUGAAAAUCUCAAGAAGGAGAACGAACUGAUCAAGACCAAGCUGGAGAAGGCCGAGCGCAAUCAGGACAUCCUGAAGGACGUGAAGCAUCGCAUUUUGAGCUUGACCGAGAUGAAGAAUGCUGCCACGCGAGAUUUGAACGCCGCCCGCGUCCAGAUCCAGUCGUUGGAGCACGUGCGCGAUGAAAAUGAGCUGCUCAAGUCCCAGCUGGACGGUCGUAUUGCACGGCUGAACAAAGAGUUCGCCGAGCAGGACAAGGAAAAGGUAGAGGCGAUCACGAGGUUGACACGGGAUAACGAACAGCUUAACAUGCGACUGAAUCAACUCUCUCGUCAGCUCGGCUUACAGCAGGCCUCGAAGCCAUCGACCAGUGCUUCCGGCUCGUCGGAGAAGACUGCCACCGAGAGUCCGCGGACGGCCAAUGUGAAGCCGAUCCCCGGCCCUAGCGCCCAACAAUCGGCAACGGUGACGCCACGCCGCGGAAGCGAAACUCCCUUGGCCAGCAUCCGCCCGAUGUCGGUGCAGUCGAGCAGUCGAACGGCCGCAGUUCUUCCCACCAGCCAAUCGAACAACGUUGCGAUCGUGCAAGGUUCGUCCUCCUCCUCGUCUUCGUCGUCCAACACGGGUGGCAGCGUAACCGCGCUGGUUCCACCCCAACAGCAAGUGCACACGACCGCCGGCAGCACCAGCGGCAAUAACAAUUCCAACGAAUCCAUGUCCUCGUCACCUACGAGCUCCCACACGGACUACAUGCCGGCCACCAGUUCGGCCAACGUGGCCGUCGCCGCCGUUCCUCCCAUGGGAUCAACUACGGCGGCCGAAAGCAGCUCUUCGUCGACGUCCCAGCAGGAGAACGAAAGCAUUCCAGCCCAGCAGCCCAACGAACAGCCGGGACCGUCUUCGCAGGUGCACGCCCUGUCCGCCAGCCAGCAGCAGCAACCGUCGUCGCAAACCGUUGCGCUGGUAUCGCCCCACAUCGAGGGUGCUCCGGCCGCCAACAGCAGCAGCAAUGCCGUUGCACCGUCGAUUCAGUCGUUGCCACUGGCGCAGCAGCAGCCUCCGCCCCAGGAGCAACAAAAUCCGGCACCCAGCACCAGCGGAACCACUUCUUCUAAUGCUCAACAGCUGGCCCUCAGCAGUCACCACCAGGCGUCGACGUCGAGCAACGCGGUGACCACAUCGCAGGCUGCCGCCGGUCACAAGCGUCCGCGGGACGUCGAGGGGGACAGCUCGACGGAUACGGUGGAACAGCCGGGAGAAAAGUCGGCCCCGGUCAACAAGCGCACCCGAAUGCAGGGCGGAGAAACGUUCCAGGGUGUGAGCGAGUCCGGGCUGGACGUGGAGUACCAGGUGCCGACCUCGUCCCAGCGAGACCAGGAGGACGACAUCAUCGUGGUAGAUUCGGAGGAGGAUGACGAUGGCAUGGCCGAUGACGGAACCGCCGACGAAGGCACGGCCGAAGCGGACGACGGACCGUUCGAGGGUUACGAAGCGGAAGAGGCGUACGAGCAGGACGAACCGGAAAUCGCCGGAAAUUACGACGAGGGUGAAGGUCCCGAUAUCGACGAAGACAACGUCCAAUCGGCCAACAACGAGGUCGACGUGGACGAUGAUAACGAAGUUCCUAACCAGUCGCAAAGCAGCAGCGCACAGGUCGCUCCGGACGCGGAAAGCUCCAGCAGCACCAGCGUUGGCCAAAGCAGCAACGCUGGCCCGUCAACCUCCACGGGAAGCAACCCGGCAACGGAAAUCGCCACCAGCCAGAGUCAGAGCGUAACCGCCGGCGGAGACGUCCAGCAGAUUCAAAGCAUUAGCAGUGGCAGCGGAGAACCGGGCACUUCUUCGUCCAGCUCGUCAUCGUCGUCGACUGCGGCCGUGACCGCAUCCACGUCCACUUCUUCCUCCUCCUCUUCGGCUACGGCGGCCGCCUCGGUUGUAGCUUCUUCGGUCAGUGUCGCGCCGGCCCAGGCAGCGGUCGUAUCCGCCUCGCCGUCCCAGAGCCGACGCCAGCUGGUGCUGCAACAGCAACAGGCUCAGCAGCAAAACUACGAUGAAAGUGCGGACGAUCGCAUCGUGCCCAGCACACCGACGCUCACGCGACGAACCGAUGGUUUCAGCGAGGUGGUCAGCUCGCCCCACCCCCAAGUCCCGAACGCGCGGUUCACCUUCACCGAGGCGCGCCCCUCGUCGGCCUCCGCAAGUGUCGUCGCCCAGCAGCUCAUCCCGGAGGGUAUCGACGAUACCCGGAUGGAUCUGUCCCAGCUGGACAGUGGCCCCAGCGGACGCAGCGUCCCGAACACACCCCAGCAGACAUCGCCGAACGAGCACGAGCGGGCCGUUAUUCAUGGCAGCAGCAGCAGUAACGAGGCAGAACAGGCCGAACAGUUGGCUCCGAGCGGAAGUUCCGUGUCGGUGGCCGCCCAGGAAGAGGUCGGUACGGCGGAUGACGAGGCGGGGCCUUCGGGGAGCAAUCUGAGGGCUAGCUGCGAGGAGGGCGAGGGUCAGGUUCCUGAGGUUACGGUGUCGGCCGCUGAAGAUGACGAUGAUGAGUAUGGUAUAACCGAGUCUACGACGACGGCUGAACGGGUCGAGGAGGAUCAGCCGGGUGGUUCAUCGGAGGCGACCGCUGCGGGCUACACGGAGAAGGACGCCGGCAUGGACGACGAUGAUGAUGAUGACGAUCUGGACAUUGACAUGGAGGAGGAACGCAAUAACCAAAGCACGGAGACCGCUGGCGAUGAGGAGGAAUCCGGGGAUGGGGUCACGUCCGAAGGUGAAAAACCUGGCCCGUCGCAGGCCGCACCGAUGGAGGAGGGCAGCGAAGCCGAAGUGCUGCAAACGCCUAGCAGCAACUUGAGAUCACGAUCGGUUCCGCGACACGGCACAACCGCCACCCGGCGAGGACGUCCCUUCGGCAAGCGAGGCGCCGGUGCAACCCGCAGCAUGACCUGGACAGAGGGACGACCUCUUAACCGUGCCGGUCCUUCGAUCGCCCAGCAGCAGCACCAGGCAGCGUCCCAACAUCACUACGCUCAGCAGCGAUCUCCGCUGGGAAGUCCCAACCGGCAGGGCUACAGUCCGGCCUCUCCCCAGCAGCAGCAGCAGCAACGUAGUCCGUACGGUAUGGGCAGCCCACCGAUGCGACGAGCCACGCGCUCGGCCAAACAACGGGGCCGACCCUAUCGGCAGUAAGCAGUGUAAGGUAGUUUGUUCCAAGGAAACUCGUCAUUCCGCACACACGUUCAUUGACCGCAACAGUCAGUUUUAGUUGGUAGACACGCUUGAACCGCGUUAGUUGUAAAAAUUACUUCGGUUGAUCUCAGAUCAAUUCAAGAUUCUUAACUUCUAAGACAUUAUUACAUGAUUACAAUUGCUAUGCUAGUUCUGCAUACUUGGGCUUUCAAUUUCCCCACGCCGAAUAGACAUCACUUUAAAAAAGGGGAAAUUUCGUUACAUGAAAUAAUGCAAAAAUAAAAUCAUUGAAUUCGA